GACUAUCAAUAAAAGUUAGUGAUGUGUCGUCGCGAACGAGCCGGCUCUAAUAGCCGGCUCUUUUAAGUGAACGAUAAGAGCCGGCUCCCAUCCGAGAGCCGUUUUAAAAAAAAAUUGUAUUAAUUCAAGGCAGAAUGAAAGGACGAUCUUCUCCGCGCCACGGGCACUCCAUGCACUGACUGUGACUGAAUGUUGUGUUAAUGACGUCCGUGCUACUAAUCAGGUGAUGACAGACAAGGAUCAUACCAUCAAGCAGGGAGGGGCGGUCGGUGCACGGCGCGCUGACAGUCUACAGGUACAAAGCAGGAGGGAGAGGAGGAGAGAAAGAGAGAGAGGAGUGUGGUGUGGAAAUAGCAGACAAGAUGAGUGACAGUCGGAAACGAAUCAGCAUGUAAAAUUAUGAUAUUCUGGAAAUUAUAAGGUUUAGUAUAAUUAAAUUGAAUAAUUUAAGUGAUAUAUGUGCACACAUACUAAUCACAGGUCAAAACUGCACUAAAUUUGGCUUAAUUAUAAAAGGAAGAAGUGGUAAAAUGAAGAGCCGUUUGGGAGCCGAAAGAGCCGGCUCUUCUUGGUGAGCUGAGCCAAAUGAUCUGGCUCACUAAAAAGAGCCGGAAUUCCCAUCACUAGUGACCACGGUUUGGAGACAGGUGAGUGCACGAGACACAAAACUGACUUUAUUAAGUUAGUAAAACUUACACCAACGUCACUUGUUAAAGUCAAUAUUCUACUAAAAAAUGAAUUAAGCGUACAUAUUGUCAGUUUAAGGAUUUAAAUAUCACAUGCAGCAAAAGUAAUCUAUAGGCUAUAUUCAAUUAACGUUAGGAGUUAAUUAGAAACAAGCACUGUGAGGUCUUAAUUUCACAAUUCAAUACUCUGCAACAACUCUUGCAUGUAGCGAAGUGACUGUAUCUAUCACAUUACUGUAGUUCUUGUUAUCACCUGUGUGUUUACCUGUGAAGGUAUAACUUAACUCAGCAGCCAUAUUUCUAGCUGACUCCGGCUCGGACGCGCGUCCCCGUGCAGCGCUCUGUGUGUGUGUGUGUGUGUGUGUGUGUGUGUGAGUGAGGGAAUGUGUUUGUGAACCAGCGUGAACGCGCACAAUCUCAACUCCACACUCAUUCUGGUCUGUGAGGGUUUUUUUUUCUCCGUCUCUCCCUCCUCUUCGUCUCUCUCCAGCCUCAUGUUCACACCGCCAACAAGCCGGAGCUGAUUCCCCGUCUAGCCGACACUGAGAGCCCGCUGCAGGGGGCCGGUGGAGAGCGGUGCCAGGAUGAAGUUAUGGGGACCAUGUUCGGUUGGAUUUUAUAUUUGUGUGGCCAUGCUGUUCAAAGGAUCGCUGCAGGGAGAACACCAGAGGAGGCUGUACAAGGAGCUGCUGGCGAACUACAACCGACUGGAGAGACCUGUGGUCAACGACUCAGCCGCCAUCCUGGUGGAGCUGGGCCUCACGCUGCUGCAGAUCAUAGACGUGGAUGAGAAGAACCAAGUGCUGAUGACCAACGCCUGGCUGCAGCUGUACUGGACCGACAUCUACCUGAGCUGGAAUCCAGAUAAAUACCCCGGUGUGCAGAACCUGCGAUUUCCUUCAGACCAGAUCUGGACCCCUGACAUCCUCCUUUACAACAGUGCGGACGAGCGGUUCGAUGCCACCUUCCACACCAACGUACUGGUGAAUGCGUCCGGUUACUGCCAAUACAUCCCUCCUGGCAUCUUGAAGAGCACCUGCUACAUUGAUGUGCGCUGGUUCCCCUUCGACGUGCAAAAGUGUGACUUGAAGUUUGGUUCCUGGACGCACAACGGCUGGCUGCUGGACCUCCAGAUGCUGGAUGUGGACACGUCCACCUACAUACCCAAUGGGGAGUGGGACCUUGUGGGUGUGCCAGCCAAGCGCAAUGAGCUGUACUAUGACUGCUGUAAGGAGCCCUACCCUGAUGUGACAUUCACGGUCACCAUGCGCCGCAGGACGCUGUAUUAUGGCCUCAAUUUGCUCAUCCCAUGUGUGCUGAUCUCUGGCUUGGCCCUGCUGGUCUUCCUGCUACCUGCAGACUCUGGAGAAAAGAUUUCUCUGGGCAUCACUGUGCUGCUUUCGCUAACUGUCUUCAUGCUUCUGGUAGCAGAGAUCAUGCCUGCCACGUCCGACUCUGUUCCUCUCAUCGCCCAGUACUUUGCCAGCACCAUGAUGAUAGUAGGGAUGUCUGUGGUGGUGACCGUUAUAGUGCUGCAGUUUCACCAUCAUGACCCUCACGGAGGCAAGAUGCCCAAAUGGGUUCGGGUGGUUCUGCUGAACUGGUGUGCCUGGUUUCUCCGUAUGAAACAACCUGGCGACGAGCGCAAGCGGCGCGGUUACAAGUACGCCUCCCAGCACCACUCCAGCACCAGCUCCAUAGAGAUGGGCACCGUACCGAGCCUCAGUAUGCCCCUCUCACAGACGUCCUGCCCGCCCUGCCCCACUGGCACCUCCAACGGUUCCAUGAGCCUCUACUUCGGCAACUACCACCCCAUGGAGAGCCCGCAUUGCCCGCCUUCCAGCGACUCCGGGGUAGCGCUAGGGGGGCGUGCCCGUGGCUCCGUCAGUGAUGAGGCGGAGCCGUCUGGAGGAGUUGGCGGUGGCGUCGGAGGCCUGGGGAUGGGAAUUGGCUUCCCCCCGCCGGAGAUCCAGCGCAUCUUGGAGGAGGUGUCGUACAUAGCCCAGCGGUUCCGGGACCAGGACAGGGCCGAGGCCAUCUGCAGCGAGUGGAAGUUUGCGGCGGCGGUGGUGGACCGGCUGUGCCUGGUGGCCUUCUCUCUCUUCUCCAUCAUUUGCACCUUCACCAUCCUCAUGUCAGCACCCAACUUCAUAGAAGCUGUUUCCAAGGACUUCACAUAGCUGGUUGCAGCAGCAGGAGAGAGGGAAGGAAGAUGAAGAGAGAAAGCAACAAAGGGUGCCAUUUGUGGUCCCCAACCUACAGUCUGGGCACCAUGUUGGAAAGGAGCCACGCAGUGUUUUAUGAGAAAAAAUAACUCAAGAAACUGCGUGUCAUAUAGUCAAUUGAACCAAUCAGGAAGCAAAAUAUUCAUGAUUGAUGAAUAAGUAAUUACAAAGACAAAUCAUUAUGUUACAUCCCAAAUUAAGAAUAGAAACAUACAUUCAUUGUUCCACUCUGUCUUGAAGUCAGAGACAAAUAUAGGUUGGACAUGCAGACUAAACAACAAACCUGGGAAGACUAGAGAUAAAAGGUUGGGUAUCACUGCGGCAGCAGAGGAAGGAUCUGCAUAGAUUUUCUUUUUUACAUUGUGUAAGAUAUCAAUAAGGGGAAGAUAAUGUGGCAGUCUACCCGGAAAACAGUGUACAUAUCAUUGUUUUACCUGCACCAUUCAUUUAACAAACUGCUUAAUUUACUGUACAAUGACUCAAACAGCACCACAGUCCACCUCACCUCUUCUCUACUUCAUUUGAAGACAUAGUCUUGUCCUGUAUGUAGAAAUCCACACACACAUACUGUAUGUACAAAUAUCGCCUCAGUCUGAGCUCAAACACCGACCAUUCACCUUCUGAACUCUUAAUAAGGAAAUCAGACUUGUUUCUGAUGAUGUACCAUCCCCGUAAUGAUGUUAGGUUAGUUAUUAAAAUGAGAUGUUUCACUGUGAAUUUUAUUGUUUUUGCUUUCACUUCGAUCAACAGAGCAUUGAACACAAGCGUAGAGGCAUUUUCUUUAGUCAUCAGAGUAGGAAUGCUUAUUUAGGAUCACUUUUCACUUUGCAUUGCCUGUUUUAUUUUAGAAUAUGUAGCAUAAUAAGAGUUUGGGACAGUGUAAUAAUGAAACAUCCAGUUUAUUAUAUCAGAAAGCACUGUGUUGACUGGUAUGUACUGGUGUUGACCAGUAACACAAAAUGCACCGUCUUUCUAAAGUACAGUCAAAUACUGUAUUUUUGAACUGUACUUUAGUGGUCUGACAUUACACGUAUUGAUUUAACUGUUGGAAACAGGUCAAGUAAAAGUUGUCUAACUGCUGUAAAAAUAUCAGUGUACCUUGUUGGACUUCACUGUACAUAAGUGGUCACUGAAGAUGAAGAGCGAUGUGACUUUUGAACUUCUGACACCACAGACAAUGGCUAGAGGCUCGACAGCAAGAAGAAAACUUCACAACCCCAUCCGCCACUAUAUCACUGGAGAAUAUACUGUAGAUUUAUAAAAGGCCCUAUACUGUAGUUUCAGUGAGUUUUGUCUGUGUUUUGUAGAGGGAGCCGAGUGACUGAUUCACACAACACAGUUGUUAACGUGUUUAGUGCCACCUCCACCUCCCAGCCACCUCUUCUUUGUCGUCAUUGGUCUCUUUAUCUCUUUCUCUGUCAUUCCAAGUGUGAGUUUUUGGCUCUCGGUGUUAAUAAAAGUCUAUUUAUUCUCUGUA